AUGCAGAGGCAGGAGAAGAACCCACACACUGGUGUUCUGGAAAUCAAGUCAAGAGCAUGUUUCAAGGCGGAAGGGACCUGCUGUGUCAAAGGCUACCCAGAGAUGCAAUUGUCAAGACAAAACAGUGAUGGUGGUCAAAAAAAUAAGCCUCGUGAACAUAUUAUAGACUGUGGUGCUAUAGUCUGGAGUCUUGCUUUUGGAUCUUCAGUUCCAGAAAAACAGAGUCUCUGUGUAAACAUAGAAUGGCAUCGAUUCAGAUUUGGACAAGAUCAGCUACUCCUUGCCACAGGGUUAAACACUGGGCGUAUCAAAAUAUGGGAUGUAUAUACAGGAAAACCCCUCCUUAACUUGGUAGGUCACACUGAAGUGGUCAGAGAUUUAACUUUUGCUCCAGAUGGGAGCUUGAUCCUGGUGUCAGCUUCAAGAGACAAAACUCUGAGAGUGUGGGACCUGAAAGAUGACAGAAACACGAUUAAAGUAUUGAGGGGCCAUCAGAACUGGGUGUACAGCUGUGCAUUCUCUCCUGACUCUUCUAUGCUGUGCUCAGUGGGAACCAGUAAAGCAGUUUUCCUUUGGAAUAUGGAUAAAUAUACCAUGAUACGGAAACUAGAAGGACAUCACCAUGAUGUUGUAGCUUGUGACUUUUCUCCUGAUGGAGCAUUACUGGCUAUGGCAUCUUAGGAUACUCGAGUUUAUAUCUGGGAUCCACACACUGGAGAUGUUCUGAUGGAAUUUGGGCACCUGUUUCCCCCACCCACUCCAAUAUUUGCUGGAGGAGCAAAUGACCGAUGGGUACGAUCUGUCUCGUUUAGUCAUGAUGGACUGCAUGUUGCAAGCCUUGCUGAUGAUAAAAUGAUGAGGUUCUGGAGAACUGAUGAGGAUUAUCCAGUACAAGUUACACCUUUGAGCAAUAGUCUUUGCUGUGCCUUUUCUACUGAUGGCAGUGUUUUAGCUGCUGGGACACAUGAUGGAAGUGUGUAUUUUGGGGCCACUCCAAGGCAAGUCCCUAGCCUUCAACAUUUAUGUCGCAUAUCAAUCCGGAGAGUGAUGCCCACCCAAGAAGUCCAGGAGCUGCCGAUUCCUUCCAAAGUUUUAGAGUUCCUCUCCUACCGUGUUUAGAGGAUGCUGUCUUCCCUAGUAUUAGGGACUAACAACACACUUUACACAAACCUCAAGCUUUAUUGACUUCA